AUGUCCCGCUCUUAUUCGUUGUCAAAGUUUCCAAACAUUCCAACAACGCAGGAUUCGCACCAGGAGAUGGUGGUUUGUCAUGCGGCUGCUUGGACGCUUCAGCGGACCGUUGCAGAAGGAUCUCCAGCACCGAUUGGGCUGAACCAGAGGUUCCCCAGGGUUACCAGUGACGGGAAGCCGUGCCGUCAGGGGGUUGUUUUGCUGCCGCACCACUACUGCGGUAACAUUCCCCUGGCUUCUCGCCUCCUGAACAGCCCAGCAUCGCAGAGGCAUGAUGAGACUCUCACGCUGGAGACCUUCUGGCAGCUACGCUCCGUACUGCCGUGCUAUCCGUCUGCGAGUCUCAAGUGGGUGCUUACGCUUACAGCGCUUCUGCCAUCACAGCUACCGCCAGCAACAAACGAUACGAGUGGUUGGAUUGCCCAAAACUUCUCAACCGUGCCUGUGAUAUGCGCCUUCUCUCGCAUUAUCAAAGUUCUUUUUGGUGGUGGUGGUGGUGAUGGUGGUUCGUCCAAUCGCUGCAAGCGUCACUCUGAUAUCUCGUGCAUUGACUUCGAACUCGGCACACCUACCUGCCCACCUAUUCCCGACUUUCACAAGUUAAAGUUGGCAGGCCAUAUCACCACCAAUCGCCUGCAUUCAACGGGGACACCAACGCCACAAGCACCUUCGAAACCGCCAACCGCGGGCCUCGUCCUAGUUGACCCCGCCGCACCCGCCACCAGCCCCUCCGUUGAAAAGACUCCCCGCUCGGCACAGCGUCCCGACACCGCAACGCUUCCACGCUUCCAAGCCAUUUACAGGUUACUCGAUUGUUGUUGUGCCUUGUGCCUCUUGUCCGUCCGGCUCAUUGAUUUGAUUGCUCGGACUGAAGCCGAACUGGCCACGCCUGAUUGUCAAGCAAUUGACAACUGCCCAGACAACAUCCCACUUUUGACUCCGGUCUCUUGCGUCCUGUGA